GUACGCUUGAUUCUGAAAAGUCACCUCAUCUUCUACAGGGCUCUGGCAGCUCAGCGCCAGGUGCGCAUAUACAACUAAUCAUGCCCAUAUCUUUGGCUUCACGCAUGCCAUUCUUUGCUCACUAUGGCCAUAAUCGCAGAGCGGAUUCCCACUUGGUUCUGGGAACAAACGGGCAACCGUCAAUCGUGAAUUCAGACCCUCCAGCAGGACAUGGAGAGGAUUCAUUCAACCCCGAAGGCAACCGCAGGCCGGAUUCUGUGCCACCGCAGGGCGCUCAGGAAACGCAGAUCAGUCCCAACCCUAUCAGCGCAGCUGGAACUCAGACGGCAAGCCAGUUGACACAGUCAAGGGAAUCGAUGACCACUGUUCCUGCUUUGGCAAAGACCUCAGCUCCCUCAACUGGCACAAUGUCCUCAUCGCUCAGUAGCGCCACUCCAAGCUCCUCAUAUAUACGCACCACGACCAGCACUCCAUCCAACUCCCCAAGUAGCACUAGCCAAUCCUCUCGUCCGACAGCACUCGUCUCUCCCGCGUCCAUGCACACAUCCAAAAACCUCUCCGCCCCAUUCUACGUUGCCAUCAUCCUGGGCACCGUCUGCGUCCUCGCUUGUUGCCUGGCAUUCUUAGCAUGGUGGCUGCGCUCGCGCGCAUCAGCGCGGAAGACGCGAGACGACGACGAACUUUGGACAGCGAGGGACGUACUCGAGGACGGCCACGAACCCAGUCUGCAGGAGCGCACCCCGCAUGAAGAUUCCGAGUAUUACCUUCCUGCAUCCCUCGUCAGGCGACAUACGAACGAUCCAUUUUCCAGCCCCGUCGGUACACCAACAGCUGCGGGUUUCUACAAAACCUGUGAUCGAGCACCAGGGUACAGUCCGUCAAGAGCGGCAUUCGGCAACGUCUAUCCACCCAUGGAGCAGCGGCGACCCGCAUUCAACAAGCACGCAAGUGCGUACAGCGUACAGGAAAGUCCACGCACGCUUGGGCGGCUCCAAGUAGCAAAUAUAGCCCCUGGUGACCUGACUUCUGGUGACGAGUCGAGCCAUGGUGGCCAAACGUAUCACAGCACAAGGGCAGGCGUGUUAGGUCCACCCAGAAGCGCCGUCCAGUAUCCCACACCACGGUUCCUGCCGCUGGAAGGGGAUGGUCUACCGCAAUUCUUACCCUCACCGGGCUAUGCCCAACGCACGCCACUCCCCGAUGACGUCGUGCCACACGACCCAGCAAUAGUCCAUGAAUACCCACCCCCAGAAGGCUGGGCCUCCACCCUCAAAUCCAACUUCAUGACCGCCUUCGGCACUGUUGCAGCCAACCGCACAUCGCGCUCAUCCACCAUCGAAGAAAGCGGCGUUUCGCUGGACUCUGCGAAACACCAUUGGCCACAACAGUUUCCAGAUCCCGAAUAUGAUGUACCUCUCGCUGCUCACGAGCUAUCAUCAUACUCUGCAGAGGACAAUAGCGACGUAAACGGACUGCGCAUUCGCGGACUGGGUGGCCAUCCUCGAGAUCAGAUUUGCUCUCCUGGCAUAUCGCAGUCGGGGCUGGGAUUCAGCGAUAGCCAGGUAACGCUUCGCCCAGACAUGACACCUGUAUGGACGCAAGAGUCCCGCGUAUCACUGAAACACAAUGCAGCUCCUUCUGGCAUAGCAAAGGAUCAGAGUCGUGCCUCACAUGCCAGCUCCAGCAGCGUUUACACCUCCGAGUCUGUAGCUGCAGCCUCGUCGAACCUGAAGAACUACGGGUACGGGUUCACACAAUCGCAUCAGGCACUCCCUUUCAACGACGACGUUCCGAACUCGCGUACGAACACGAUGCAGUCUGGGCGCUCCAAAGUGUCGUCGCGAAAGAGGGGUGGGCAGCGGAGACGUUCAAGACCUAAACCAAUUCACCAUGAAUCAUCGUCGGCGUCUUCGAUGAUAUCAUUUGGAUCAGAUUUGUUACGUGCACCUCAGCCCGGUCACCUGUCUGGGAGAGAGAGCAUGGCAAGGAAAGCGCUGCUGGAAAGAAGACGGAAGAUGACGAUGCACGAACCUUUGGAUGAGUAGCACGAUGCUCUGAUCCUGC